AUGAUGGCGAGCUACAGCAACGAGCUCCUCUCAACGGCAACGACCGUUUCCGACCGAAUCAUCAAUCGCUGUUUCAUCCGGAAAAAGACAACAAAGGAACGCAUUUACCUCAAAGCUACUCAGGUGGUGGAGUCAGAUUCGUGUUCCAUGGUCGUGACUUAUGAGCCAAGGCUCCAUAUCAGGCAUGGGAACCUCGAUGGACACGAGAUCAAGACCACCUUUGAACGUCACACCGAUCGUAUACUCGAAAUCGAAGACAGCAUCCCGAAACGUUAUCUUGUCUCGCAAGAUACAUGCGUUGAGCACGUCAUGAUCAUCUUGUCGCGGCUGAACCUCUCACCCCUGCUUCAAGAACGUGUUGUCCGUUACAUCGCAGUCGAAUCCGUCAAUUUCAACAACCGCCGCGGCGGAAGAAGAGGAGGUUUGUUGCUGGAAGUUCUCGUUACAGUGGAGGAGGAACAAUGGGUGAGGAUUGAUUGUUCAUGUGAUAUGAAGGGUACAUGUCUCGUCCCGCCGUUGGAUUGUUCCAUAUGCUUAACGAAGUUAUCCAGUGUGCCGAGUCGCAUGCAGCUACCAUGUUCCCACCUCUUUCACAGAGAAUGUGUUAUGACGUGGCUCGAAAAGAACCCAUCUUGUCCUAUCUGCCGAACCAAUGCUCUCGGGGAAACUGUUUCCAUCUUUUAAAACAACAAAAAAAAAAAGUUAGC